UCCUGGGUCCUUCCUGGUCCACGUAAGAAGCUCAGAAACUCAACAGAAGAUGAAAUCUGCCUUUAUUCCUCCAAAAGGGGCUUCUCCUUCGUUUUUCCACCGUUAAUCCGUGUCAGUAGCUCGGUGACCGCAGAAAAUCUGGGUCUUACGUCUCGUCUCAGACGGAUGCAAAAUGUCCUGGUUUACUGAGUUGGCAGGAAAAGCUGAGGACUUCCUGAACAAAGUGGACCAAGGCGCCGCCACGGCCCUGACCCACAACCAGGGCAGAACCUCCUCCUUCUCCUCGCCCUACGAUGGAGACGAUGCCGUGUACGACGCUGCGGCCUACAAGGCCGAGCCGGCGGCGGGGCGUGACCCCUACUUAUCCUCCCACGAUGCACCGAGCUUCAUCACCGCCGCGGCUGGAAACAUCAAGAGGUCCAACGCCACCCUGCUGGCCGGCACCGCCAACGUGCACAGCGCCGCCUCCGGCAGCGGCGGCAACGGGGCUUCCAACGCCGCCAAGAGCUCGUCCGGCUUCGUGAGGCCCAGGAAGAGCGAGGAGGAGGAGGUGGACGACGACAUGCUCUUCGACUUCCUGAACAGCUCGGACCCGCCGCUCAGCAGCGGCCGGGACUCCCGGAGGGAAGUGAAGGCGGCAGCAGCUCCGACCCCGGAGCUGCAGAGCCCGACGCCGCCCCCCUCCACCACGCCCCACGCCGUCCCCUCGGCCCCGUCCACGCCGCCCUCCACCCGCGGCGUGUCCAGGGCCUCCAGCAUGAGCUCGCUGUCGGCUCACAGCAUGAAGACGUCGGAGGAGAGCUCGGCCAAGGAACAGACUCCAGACACCCCGGAGAGCUCAGACUCGGGGCUGGCGCCCCCCCAGGACUCCAGCAGGACGGAGCCCAGCCGGACGGAGCCCCCCCCACCCGCGGGCGAGCCGCAGGGCCACGUCCUGUCCAGCCUGCGCCUGGAGAACCAGCUGCUGCGCAGCGAGGUGGCGUCUCUCAACCAGGAGAUGGCGGCCGUCAUCCAGAGGGCCAAAGACCUGCAGCACGAACUGAACCAGGCCCGGCUGCGGGCAGACCGGUGGAACUCGGAGCAGUCUCAGAGCGACCGCAGCCUGCGGGAGCUGCGCUCGCAGGUGGACGACCUCACGGAGGCGCUCUCCGCCAAGGACGGCCAGCUGGCGGUCCUGAAGAUCCGACUGGACGAGGCCGACCAGUUGCUGAGGAGCCGCAGCACGGCGCUGGAGGAGGCGCAGAAGGAGAAGUCCAGAAUCAUGCAGGACCAGACGGAAGGCAGCACCAUGCACAGUCAGGCCCUGGAGACGAUCCAGGAGCGGCUCCGGGAGGCCGAGCUGUCGCUGCGCCGGGAGCAGGACAGCUACCGGCAGAUGCAGAACGAGUACUCCAGCCGCCUGGGGAAGGUGGAGGGGGAGAGACAGACCCUGGCGGAGACGGUCACGGCAGCAGAGCGGCGGGCCACCGAGGAGAAGCUCAAGCUGGACGACUUCCAGCAGCAGCUGAAGAGCGCCAGAGCUGCAGCCGAGGGGGCCAAGCAGGAGCUGGCCGAGUACAAGCACAAGGCAUCCCGGAUCCUGCAGUCCAAGGAGAAGCUGAUCAGCAGCCUGAAGGAGGGAUCGGGUCUGGAUCCGAUGGACAGCAGCAGCGCCGCGGCGCUGGAGCUGGAGGAGCUGCGGCACGAGAAGGAGCUGCAGCGGGAGGAGAUUCAGAAGCUGCAGGGGCAAGUGGGCUCCCUCCGGUCGGAGGUGCAGGACCUGGAGACUCAGGCGCUGACGGAGGCGGAGACGUGGCGGGAGCAGCAGACGCAGCUGCAGGAACAGCAGGCGGCGCAGAACCGGGCCAGGCAGGAGCUGGAGGCCGAGGUGGAGCGCUACAAGCAGGAGCUGCAGUACCUGGAGGACGAGCAGCACCGAGCCCAGACCAGCCUGCAGAGCCGCAUCAGGGACAGAGAGGAUGACAUCCAGAAGCUCAGGAACCAGCUGACCAACAAGACGCUGAGCAGCAGCAGCCAGGUGGAGCUGGAGAACCGGCUGCACCAGCUGACGGAGACGCUGAUCCAGAAGCAGACCAUGCUGGAGGCUCUGGGAACGGAGAAGAGCGCGCUGGCGUUCCAGCUGGAGCGGCUGGAGCAGCAGCUGAAAAGCUCCCAGGGGCCGAGCGGGGGCCCCGCCAUCAACAUGAGCGGCCUGGAGAACGCAGGAGCUCGGCAGAGGAACGCCCCGGUGCUCUUCAGCGACCAGGACAGUCGGGGCGUCUACGGGAAAGUUCGCAAAGCCGCCAGCACCAUCGACCGCUUCAGCAUCCGGCUGGGCAUCUUCCUGCGGCGCUACCCGAUGGCCCGGCUCUUCGUCAUCGUCUACAUGGCCAUCCUUCACCUCUGGGUCAUGAUCGUCCUGCUCACCUACUCGCCUGAAAUGCACGGCCAUCCCGACGGGAGAUAGAGCGCCUUCGCCUCAGUAAGACUGGUUUUUUAUCGCUGAAGGAAGAGGCUGCUGGAGACCUGGAGACCUGCACCUCCCUGUUUUGCACAAAGAAACGCUACGAACUGAAGACUUUCUCCUGAUUAAGAGCUGAGGAGCGACGGCUCGGUGCCGCCGUCGGCAUCCACUUUUAAAUUAAUUACAGAAGGGAUAUUAUAUGUUGGGGGGGGAGGGCGUCUGAAACGAUUUAAAAUAAUACUGUAGGUUGUUCAACUAAUCAUCUGCUUGAAGUCCUCUGUUCUCUUGAGAGACUGUAUUUAACACGAUGUACAAAAAAGUCUUUUAAUAAACUAUGUAGAUGGGAUAAAACAGGCUGGAGUUGUUCAUGGACGUGUGUUGAGACUGGUGAGUGAUUUUUAG